UAUUGCCUGUCCCGGUGUGAAGGGAUGAGAGGCCCGGGCAAGUUGAGUUGGGAGACACUGGGGAGUCGCUGCGGCCUGUGACGCUGUGGAUGGCGGAAGUAUGGACAGCAGCAGCGGAGGAGGCCCGGGAGGCGAGACCGGGCUACUGCAACAGAUCUUAAGCCUCAGUCUAGUCCCGCGGGUCGGAAAUGCGACGGUGUGCCCUAGCCCUACGGCCCUGUGCGCCUUCCCGGAGAUGUGGUAUGGCGUCUUCCUGUGGGCACUGGUCUCCUCCCUCUUCUUUCACAUACCUGCCGGGCUGCUGGCGCUCUUCACGCUUCGUCAUCACAAAUACGGACGGUUUAUGUCGGUGGGAAUCCUGCUGAUGGGUAUUCUGGAACCAAUAUCUGCAGGGAUAUUAACAAGUGCCGCCAUUGCCGGAGUUUACAAAGCCGCUGCCAAGGAAAUGAUUCCGUUUGAGGCUCUUGUUCUGGGUGUAGGACAGACGUUCUGUGUGCUUAUCGUUUCCUUUUUAAGGAUUUUAGCGACUUUGUAACCCAGGGCACAUUGACCUUACGAACAUCAGAGGACGCACAUGUUGGUGUAGAAUGAGGAGUUCUGCAGAUCUUGCAGCCAUGUCUAUACUACAAUGAAAUUUAAGAUUGUCACAUUGCCUUUACACACAAGUACUUCUAGAAAUCCGGUCACUGCAGUGUAACCGGAUGAUCCAAUGCCAGCAAGUGCAUCGAUAACCGAUAAUAGACUAGAGUUAGAAUAUCUAUAGAUCCAUAUCACCAUUCACACAAUGAAUUCUCUUUCCAGACUUUGUAUCAUGGAAGCAAUGCUUCUAAUGGGGAAUAGCCGAGCACUUAUGUCCACGUGGGACUGGAACACUGCGGCUUUGUGUGCGGCAAAUCCACAGCGUUUUACAGUACCAGCAGCAGAGAGGAGCUUUUCAGAAAUAUCCACAUGCUGCAGAAAAAACUAAAAACAGUCUUCAUCACAAAUUGACCUGGAAUGCAGAUUUUCGGGGUGCCUGCACACCAUGUGGAUUACGUGCGGUUUUUCCACACAAAUUUCAUGUAGACUUUUUUUUCCUAGGUGUAGAGCUAGACCUGCUGUGAGGAUUUUUAAAUCAGUUGUUGCAUUUUUCUUGUGCAGAUUUCACCCGUGAGAUCUUCAGAAAAUCCACACCAAAAACGCAACAAAUAGUGAAGUUUGGUGCGGAUUGCACGUGUAUUUUCUGCACAUAAAUCUGCACUGUGCAGCCGCAUUGAUGCUGUGGAUUUUCCCUGUGGGUUUCUGCCUUUGGAAUGCACAGGGUGAAUUUGACAUGUAAGUCAGUGUGGAUUUUAUAUUACCCAUGUAGAUGUUCCUGCAGCUGUACAGGGUCCAUGCAUGCGACAAAGCGUUGUGUGUGAACCUUUAGGCACCUGCACAUGAUGCAGAUUACGUACCCCUUUUUUUUUUUUUUUUUUUUUUUCUUUUCAUGUGCAGGAAAACCGCAGCGUAAUCCAGUACCAGCAGAGUGAAUGAGAUUUGACAAAUCUCACGUCCACUUUGCUUUAUUAUUCUGUGCAGCAUUGCCAAAAAAAGCAGCACAAAAAUCUGCAUCAAAACCGCAUAAAAUCCACAGAUGGAAAAAAAAUAUAUAUACUAUAUAUAUAUAUAUAUAUAUAUAUAUAUAAUAGCUGACCGAGGCUCGAGGAAGCACACACCCCUGCGAGACUGCUGUUGCUUGCUUGCCUACACUUGGAUUUUAAAUAUGAAAUAAAGCAAAGAAUUUUAACGGUGAGUGCCGCGUUGAUUCUAUAUUGGCAUAAAACUGAAAUAAAUGGUGUGGAUUUCUGUGCGGUUUUGGUGCAGAUUUUGGGUGGAUUGUCUGCGUACAAAUCUGCACGCAGUGAGCAGGUACCCUAAAGGACUGACUUUUGUUGGCUCGUACAGUGAAGUUCACAGUCAGGCCUCAUGCACACGACCGUAUGUAUUUUGCGGUCCGCAAAAAACACGGAUGACGUCCGUGUGCAUUCCGUAUAUUACAUCUUGCCCCUAAUAGAACAGUACUAUCCUUU